CUGGACAAGUAUGGUCUUCUCUGUGAACGCAGAAAGAAAAAAAGUGAAUCAUUUUACCUGCAAAGAAAGAGACAGAGAACAGAAACAUCCUUAAAAGAUCUAAUAAACUCCCUAUCCGACGCCUUCACAAUCCCUGAUUUCUCUCUCAAAAAUUUCUCCAAGUUUUCAUUUUCUUACUGUCAAACAGAAACCUAACAAAUUGAAAAGAGAAAAAGAAUGAAUAACAAGGAGCCUAGCAAGGGCUGAGUCAAAAAUGUCAGAAGGAAUCCAGUUUCAUCAUAGGCAUAUCUUAUUCGUAACAUCCUUCUACCAUGUCGAUGUUUUCGGCAUUCCGAAACAUAAAAAAAGCUGCACAUUUCCUUAAAGCAAACAAGAGAAGUAGUCUUUUAGAAGUUCAAAGGCAUGGAGGAACCGUUACAGCUGGACUUCCUUCCUUCACACAUAGGUUCUCUAGUAGAGGGCAGUUUGCAAAGACAUUCUAUGAAACGAAGUCGAAGGAAAACUUAUAUUGUUCCUCUAAGAGGUUCUCAGUUCUUUGUGCCAGUAAAACAGUGACAUAUCAUGCCCAGAUUGCUUGGAAGCAUAUAUCUCACAUAUGUUCCUACCGGGGGCCAGUUUUUCCACCGAUAAGUAGGAUUGCUUGUGCUGUGAGCCUGGCUUUAACCAGAUCGAAUUUGAUAGCUCCUAGCAUCAUUGGUCUCAUUAUUGGAGAAGUAGCAUGGACACAGAGGGCAUUUGCAGACGCCGGAAGUUUCCCAGUGAAUAAUUUAUACAUGCAUGCACAAGAUGGCCAUGUUUAUUUCACAUCAUUCUUGUUUUCAAUCAUUGAAGUGUUCGUUAUUUUGUUGAGAGCAUUGUAUUUGGCAAUUUUGUUCUCUCCCAGCAUCGCGAUGGCUCCGUUUGCGGAUUCUUUUGGUGUUCAGUUUAGGAAAAUGUGGCUGCAAAUUGUCCAUCGUACAUUAGAAAGGGCAGGUCCAGCUUUUAUAAAAUGGGGUCAGUGGGCAGCUACACGACCUGAUCUUUUCCCCAGUGAUUUGUGCACUGAGCUUACAAAGCUCCACAGUAACGCCCCAGCACAUAGCUUUGCAUGCACGAAAAGAACUAUUGAGAAUGCAUUUGGUAGGAAACUUCCUGAAGUUUUUGAGAAUUUUGAGGAGGAACCUGUAGCUUCCGGAAGUGUUGCCCAGGUGCAUCGAGCUACUCUGAGAUUCUGCUAUCCUGGUCAAAAGAUUAAACCCAUUUCUGUUGCUGUAAAGGUUAGGCAUCCUGGAGUUGGUGAAGCGAUCAGGAGGGAUUUUGUAAUCAUUAAUACUGUAGCUAAAAUCUCAACUUUAGUGCCAACUUUGAAGUGGUUGAGACUGGAUGAAAGUGUGCAGCAGUUUGCUGUUUUUAUGAUGUCUCAGGUUGAUCUUGCAAGGGAAGCUGCUCAUUUAAGCCGUUUUAUAUAUAAUUUUCGCAGAUCUAAAGAUGUUUCUUUCCCUAAACCCUUGUACCCGCUUGUGCAUCCUGCUGUUUUAGUGGAGACCUAUGAGCAUGGAGAAAGUGUUUCUCACUUUGUCGAUGAACUUGAAGGGAACAACCAGAUAAAAAGUGCUCUUGCACACAUUGGGACUCAUGCGCUUCUCAAGAUGCUACUGGUUGACAAUUUUAUCCAUGCAGAUAUGCAUCCAGGAAAUAUACUUGUUAGAGUGGCUAAGAACAAGCAUUCACCUGAAGGGCUUUUCAAAUCUAAGCCUCACGUGGUUUUCCUUGACGUAGGCAUGACAGCUGAACUCUCUAAGAGUGACAGAUUAAAUUUAUUAGAUCUUUUUAAAGCUGUUGCCCUUCGUGAUGGACGCACGGCUGCCAAGUGCACGCUUAGUUUAUCUAGAAAACAGAAGUGCCCGGACCCUGAGGCAUUCAUAGAGGAAUUGGAGAAGACAUUCAGUUUCUGGGGUACGACAGAAGGUGGUAAUCUCCAUCCAGGAGAGUGCAUGCAGCAAUUGCUUGAGAAGGUUCGGCGACAUAAAGUCAAUAUCGAUGGAAAUGUUUGUACUGCAAUGGUAACCACCUUGGUUCUUGAGGGUUGGCAGCGAAAGCUUGAUCCAGAUUAUAAUGUACUAGACACACUUAAAACAUUAUUAUUCAGAGCGGACUUGUCAGAGUCUCUCUCCUAUACAAUCGAAAGACUCAUGGCCCCAUGAGGUAUAAGCGGAAUGAAAAUUACAACGUUAGGAGGAUUGUGAUACUGUCGUUGCACAGCAAUAACAUCCUCUGUAAUCUGAGUGUUUCUUGGUUUAACUUUUUUUCUUCUCCCAAGCACAAUUUUGAAGCCUCACCAAUUCUUUAAGCAAAAGAGAACAAUAAUGAAGGAAGCCGCAGAGGAAAUCAAAUAAAGAGAUUCUUAUUUAUUUCAUUUUUGCACAUCUAAUCUGUAAUAUAUUUGGAUAGUCCAUUAUUCAAAUUUCGAAUUUAUGUGCAAGUAAAA